AAUCGAAUGGUGAUCUAUGAAUUGUCAAGCAAUUUUCCGUAUAUUCCGCUUUUCGCCGUCGUUUAACCGUUUUUCCAAUAACGAAUUUUCAAAUCGUCGCACGUCAUGAAAUAACGGUCAUUGUAGUUUGGAAAACUGUCAAAAAAUUUUAUUGUUUCUCAAGGAAAGCUUCUUACUAAAAAUGAAAAAUUGAGUGUUUUGUCCUGAAAGAAUGGUCCGUAUUGUGUUGUAAAUAUGAAUUUUCCACCUACCCUGAUCAGCCUAACGAAUGAUGAAAGCUACGAAUGUUUUCUUGGAUUAAAAAUGUCAACACUUAAUUUAAGUAAAACAAACUGUGAUGCUAGCUCCUCACAAGGGUCAAAGGAGGAGCUGCCAGAAGACUCAUUAGACUGUCCAGGAGAUGAGAGUUCAUCCUCCUCGGUGAGGAGAUCUUCGAGGCUUGGCGGAAGGAUUGAGGAGAAGGAGGAGAAGGAUUAUUUGCACAGAAUCAAGAGACGGACCAUAAUGAGGCCCAAGAGAUGCGUCCAGCCCACCACGGAGAAGCAAAUUGAGGCUUACUAUCUCAAUAAGAAGGUCGUGACGAAGUGUACGCCCCUUGAAACUAUUUUCGAGGAGCCACAGAUAAUUAAGGAGAAGGUGGCACUUCUGGGGAAUCGGAAGUUCAACAGGAGCAUUAAAUUCUCCGAUGGGAGGACCACCAGCAAAGUUACAAUUCAGAAUCGUCGGAAAAAGAUACGCGAAGUCUUUGGGAAGGCACACAAGCUGAAGAAAGUCACAAUGGAAUACUUUCUUGAGCACUUUACUGGUGUUAAAGCAACUGAAGCACCACCAGAUGAUACAAAUGCCCACAGGGAUGUACCUAAAGCCUAAUGCGUCGAGAUCACAAAACUCCUCAUCACUGCCGUGGAAGACACAAUUUUUAUAAUCAAUUGUAUAAAAAAAAAGAACUAGAAGGAAGUGCGGAAUUUACUUUUUAAAAGACCGUUGAAGGUCACUCACCUUCUUUGCGACUAAGAGGAUUUUUUGUUGUGGGUAAGUAAACCAAUUCAUAGACAGGAAGUUGAUUUCAUUCAUAACUUCGAGUAAAAGGAAGAGAAGAAAAUGCUGAAAAAAAAGGAUCUGUGGGGGAGGGAGUUGUAAAAUUAAAAAAAAAUUGUAUAAGACUUUAAUUUCCUUCUUUGUCUCUACAUAAAUAUUUUAAAAGAAUAUUUUUUUAAUUAAAAAUUUAAUCAAAUAAGUUAAAUAAUGUGAAAAGUAUGUGUUAAGAAAUUGAGAAUAAAUUAAGUCAUUUUAUAUAAAAUAGUAGAAAAAGAAAA